AUGGAUUCAAUUAUCAAAGAAGUGAAUUUGGCUUAUGAUGUGCUCGAAAAGGAGAAUGUCAAUCAAAUCGACGCUGCUUUAUUUGCAGAGGAGCAUAUCCACAGUGUGAUCGAUCUAUUUUCGAAUAAGGAUUUGACGGAAGCAUUGCAAUUGCUUCAUCAAGAGUUUUUCUCUGCCAUCCAAACAGAGGAUUGUAUUGAUGAUAUGUAUUCGAUUCUAAGUGGAAGUGAUGUGGGUUUUCAAAUAUCUGAGGAGGAUUUGUAUAUAAAUAAGGACAGAGUGGCAGAAUUGGAGAAGGCGAUUCAAAAGGAAGUGGCGAAUGGAGGCAAGUCGUUUAUUUUGCAAUUCGGACCUAAAGGAAAUCAUCAAAAGGAUGUAGUGAAGAUCGUUGCUUCUCGCCUCUCCUACCCCUGCAUGGUGAUCCACCGCGAAGACUUCAUUGCUCGCUUUGCUAAAGAAUGCGAAUCUCGCGUUCGCAAUGCGUUUGCCAAGUGCCAAUCGCUGCAAUCGAGAGUGAAAAGCCCCGUGAUUUUGUACAUCGAAGACAUCGACGGCAUGCUUCCCAACGCCCACGCGAGUCCGGUGGAGCAAAUGAAGCGCAAACUGGUCGAGAAAGCGCUCUGCGAGCAAUUGAAUCAGCUCAGCCAACGCGCUGAAAGCAGCAGCGAAUCGUAUCCAAUCAUCGUCGUGAUCGAUUCCGAGUUUCCAUCCACCCUCAAAAACGAACUGCACAGCCUGCAAAGCGAGCAGAUUCUCUACCGCGUUCCCGACGAAGCCCAACGCCGUUGUUAUCUCGAGCAUUUGCUCUCCAUCUACGACAACGCGCUCUCCGAAUACGCCAUCAACCGCUUGUUGAUCCACUCCUCCGCGUUCUCCCUCACGCAGCUCCGCUUAUUAUUCGACCACGCCUUCUUCUGCAUGCUGCUCUGCAAGGACAACGCGAUCUCCGUCGAUUCCUUCGACCUCGCCUCCGUCUCCAAGGCGUCGAUGUACCAAACGCUCAGUCGCUACAUUCAGGACCGAAUGAACGGCGCGAAACCCGUCGUUCCCAGCAUUCCCGACUCCGUUCUCCUCGCCCUGCUCGACAAAGAAAAACCCUCCUUUUCGGUCGUCGAUGUUUCCCGCGAUAUCGAUUUCUGCAAAGCCGUUUCGCGCCCUGACGACGAAAUCGAGCUCCUCAACGCCAUGACGAAGCUCCUCCGCGAACGAGACGAUCAGAUUCGAAAGCGAGACGCGGAGAAUUCAGCCUCCGCUUCGCGCGAUCCCAUCGAGCGUCGCUCGGGCGAACCAGCGCGGAGGCAUCGAAGCCGGCGCAGCACGGAUUGA